UUUAUACAUCGGAGAAAGUGGGGGAAAUAUAAUUGCUAUCAACCAUAGCAGACAAAGUUGGAAAAAGACUACAAUUUUGUGAAAGUGAAAGUGAAAGUGAAAAAUGUUGUCUUUAAAAAACUUAAAUAUCCUUCAUAUUUCUGUGGUCAUUUGUCUCUUAGCAACAGGUUCAAACACUUUCAGCUGGCCAUGUGAAGGGGAUGCCGACUGUUCGGCCCAGGGCUCAAAGUGCAACAUCGCCUAUGGUCGAUGCGAAUGCAAUGACGCAGAGAGCGUCUUCUCCAGCAACUUUACACAAUGCCUGAAGGGGUCACUCUAUGGUGACGAAUGCGAAGAAAGUGUUCAAUGCAAUCUUAUGCCAUCGGGAACCAAAUGUAAGUCGGGGGUCUGCGCUUGUGCCGAUGAUGAAACCUAUGUACGCGGUCGCUGCCGUCAAUUAAAUGGUCUCAAUCAAUACUGCGACACCGAUCUGGACUGUUACUUUGCCUACGAUCGCAAUUCGGUCCAAUGUGAAGAUAAUCUUUGUACUUGUGCCAAUGGAUAUUAUCAUAGACAUGGCAACAUAUGCCGUCGUAAAUCAAUGGACAUUGAUGAUGCUUGUGUCGUUAACGCCGACUGUCAGGAGAUAGGUGAAAAUGUUGAAUGUGUUAGUUUAAAAUGUCAAUAUGUAAAUGAAAUUCAAAAGGACAAUGUUACAACGUCACAGGUGAAAGCUUUCAAUAAUAACAACGACAUCACCAACAGCAAUUACGAUAAUAACAGUAACAACAACAACAAUAAUAAUAACGAUAACAUUAUCAACAACAACAAUAUAACAACGAAAAGACAAACUUCCACAGCAACAUCUUCUGAAACCACUUCGAAUAUCUCAAAAUCCUCACCCAGCGAUAGCGUCUUGGACAAUCAGUCCAGAUUGUUAAACGGCGACAUCGAUUUUCGCAGCAUAAGCGAUACUGAGUCCGAGGACAUUAUUACCGAUCCCGCUGAUCACGAGGCCAAGGCAAAGGAGGAGCUGCACCAGCAGCAGGAUCAGGCCGUGCGUGUAGUGUUGCCCUCAAAAUAUCACAGAGAGGCAGCAACGGCUACGGAACCCGAGGCAGAGCCAGUUACGAAAAAGUUACGAGAAAUCGCUGUUCAGACUAGCAUCGAAGCUUUUGAGUUAAAAUUUUUGGCGCCAAAAACCAAAAAUGUUGGCACUGUUACAACCGCCUCGACAAGUUCGAGCAGCCGCAGACCUUCGAAACAAAGACGACGCCCAGCCCUAUUUCGUUUUGAUGAUGAUGAAAAAACUUUUUCAACUGUGUCGAACACUGAUGACGAUAUUGAGAAUAGAAAUUUUGGCAGCUCUUGCACCGAUAAUGGUAAACCCUGCACUGGACUUCCUCAUUCCAUAUGUUCCAAUGGUAUAUGCUUGUGCAAACAAGGUUACUACAAUAAGAGUGGAAAAUGUUUCGCUGAACUGGGCGAGAUAGCGGAAAGUACAGAUGAGUGUGAAAAUGAAUUCGAUCCUGUAUCCAAAAAAUGUAUUUGCCAAAAGAAUUUCUUUUACGAGAGGAAUCUCAGAGGAUGCCGUAAACCCAUACAAUAUCACCUAUCAUGUACCUCGAAUAGCCAAUGUAGUCCCUUUGGUGCUGCCUAUUGCCAACCCGAUAUUCCCAGACGCUGCACCUGUGAAGAAUACGCUGAAUAUGAUAACCUCUUGCAGAUGUGUGUCUACAAGCAAGGUUUAGGUUCCGAGUGUGACUCCAACGAUGCAUGUACCAUAGAACAUACAAUCUGCUCCAAUCGUCAUUGUAUGUGUAAAGAAGGUUUCGUACAAAAAGACGAACAAUGUGUACCUGGUCUUGGUGCUGAGUGUUUGGAUGAUAACGAAUGUACCAAUGUUGCCAAUUCCAAAUGCGAAGCAACAACUUCCAGUGGUGCCGAGAAUAUCCAAAAAACUUGUCAAUGUCGCAAAGGUUUUGUUCAUUUCAAGGAUGAGUGUCUUAAAGAAGCGGAGGAAAUCGAAGAAGAAUGUGAUGAAACUGAACAGUGUAAACCUUUGCUGGCCACCUGCGUUAAUCGAAAAUGUUCCUGUGCCGAUGAACAACAUUUCCAAAAUGGCCGUUGUGAAGUUAAAAAAGAACUCGGCGAACCCUGUUCUAGAGCUAGCGAAUGCUUUGUAGAGAAAGAACCCGAAAAUGUGGAAUGCCGCAACUCUGUAUGCCAGUGCAAAAUCGGACUUCAGACUGAUGUCGAACAAAAGAUUUGUUAUCGUGUGGCGCCCAGUAAGAAAAAUUCUUCCGGAAGGCCAAGUGCUCUUAAAAUAAUAACCUUCUUGUUAAUUGGAUCAGCGUUUUUAAUCACCAGUGCUGCUAUUAAACAGGCCUACUAUUAAACAAAAAAGAAAUCUGAGCAUAUCCUCAACCCCAUCCCAGAGGCAAUACCACCUACCAGUACACAUAUCACAUAUCCACAAGACACAGCAAAAUUGCCUUAAACGUAGUGAACCUUUUCAUUUAGAACAAAUAAAAAAAAAAUAUUUUGCUUUUUAAUUGAAGAAUUCUUUUCAAUUCUUCAUCUCUAUCACCGACCAUGAGACCACAACGAAUAACAAAAUUAGGAAUUUUACCAAAUUAAAAAUUAUUUUCAACUUUGCUAAAUCCCUAAAUAUAGAAUUAUUUGUUGGCUUAUUCUUAGAAUUGCAAAAAACACCAAAUUUUUCAUGGCACCUAUUGAAGGAAGCAUGUCGCCAGCGCUUCUGAAAUGCUUUCUUUCUUUCUUUCUCUCUCAAAUGCAAAUAAAGCAAAUUUAACAAAGCAAUAUUUUAUUUGUAAACGACCAGAUAAUUAGUAAUAAUUAUAAAUAAAAUCCUAUAUUUAUUACAAGACAUUACCACAAAUACAUGCCUACGUACAUGCAUACCUUAAAAGUACCAUACGAUAUGAGUGUGUAAAUUAACCAUAUUAGAGAGUAAACCUACAUCUGUAAUUGUACCUAUUUAUUAUUAUUACUACUAUUAUUACUAUUAAAAAUUAAAACAAAGGUUAUUUCGCACAUUGAGUUAAGGAAAGCGAAUCAAAGUCUUAAAACUAUUAAUUACUU